GAGGGAGAAGAGGGUGCGAGGGAAGGAGAAGAGGAGAUUUUUGUCCCCUUAAGUCUGUUUUGAUAUGAUGGUGGAAGAGCUAAAGGAGAGUUUCUCAGAACAGUUUGAUUAACGGUUUAAGGAGGUGAAUGAGGUCAGGCUUCCUUUAAGUUCCCAGAGAAACAUUACUCAAGUCUCCUCCGUCCCGCUCCAGGCUGCAUGUAUCAGGUGUCUGAACAGGACGGACACAGUGAAUGAGGAGAGGAAGUGAUGUCUCAGGACGAAAGCUGGUGGAGGGUUUGCAGCAGGGGCUUGUAUAGCUGCAACUGGAAGCAAUCGAGUGUAAAGAAGAGGAAGCAUGCAUGCUGCUGGUUCUCCGUUCUGGCGCUGGUCUCCCUGCUCUCCCUGUGCUGGAUGUACGUUUGUCUGGUUACUUUAAACGACCAAGAUGAUGUGAACUGGCAGGGCUUUGCAAAACUGAAACGGUGGGUGAACUGGUUCAUGGUGCUGAUCAUCAUCUCUGCAGCCAUAACCAGCUACUGCGUUCUGCUUCUGCUCUUUGCAUUGUUCCAAUUUGCCUUAGGAGAGCCACUCGACUUACACUGGCUACACAAGAUUUUAUUGUUUUUGGGAGUGAUAUUCAUCGCUUUUGGAGUUGCGGGAAUAAGUCUUGAAUGGCGUCAGGAGUGGCCAACAGUGCCUCUUUCCCUCCAGGCCACGGCUCCUUUCUUGCAGUUUGGCGCUGUGGGGGCGUUGAUCCUGUUAAGUCCAUUUGUCUUCAGGGGCUUCGAUGCAGCUAAGGGGAACUGGUCCAGAUUCCUCAUCGCUGUGGUGUUUGUAGCCGUGUCUGCAGCCAUCUUCCUGUGUCCCUUGUCCAUCCAGUCCCCCUGUCUGAUAGAGAUGAGUAAACUGCCUGAAAAACCAAAGCUCAUUGGCCAUCGAGGAGCACCAAUGCUGGCCCCAGAGAACACCAUGAUGUCAUUCAACAGGAGCAUCACAUGCGGCGUCACAACCUUUGAGACCGAUGUACAGCUCAGUGAAGACAGAGUUCCCUUCUUGAUGCACGACCAUAAGGCUGAGUUCCUGCGAAGAACUACGAACGUUAAAGAGAAGUUUCCUGACAAACAGUUCACCGACAGCAAUAACGUGACCUGGAAGGAAUUACAGAGUCUGAAUGCUGGUGAAUGGUUUAUAAAGACAGACCCUUUCGGUUCAGUGUCCAUGCUCUCAGCAGAGGACAAAAGAAGAGCCCGGAGACAGACUAUACCUUCCUUGCUUCAACUACUAGACCUCGCAAAGCAGAACAACAUCUCUGUGAUGUUUGAUUUAUACAGUCCUGAUGUGGAAAAUGACACAGAGGACACAGUCAGCACCAUCCUGAGUUCUGGCAUUGACCCAAGUCUGAUACGCUGGCUUCCCCCAGAAAAACGAGAAUAUGUUAACACUGCUGCCCCAGGCUUCAUCCAGGUCUAUAACAACAUAAAAGAUAUGCUCAACCAAACAGGAGACCACCUGAACAUGAAAUACAGCAAGCUGAGUAUAAAGCAGAUCAGUGAUCUUCGAAACAGAAGCAUUGAGGUGAACCUGUGGGUGGUGAACGAGCGUUGGCUCUUCUCUCUGCUUUGGUGUGCAGGAGCUAGCUCAGUUACCACGAACUCCUGCCACAUCCUCAAAGACAUGACUGAGCCUGACUGGGUCAUGGCUCCUCACACAUACAAAGUUAUAUGGGUCACUGUUGACGUCGCGUCUUUCAUUAUGAUGAUUGGAAUCUACAUUUUUCAGCGGAAAACAAAAUGUUUCUGUCAAAGAGAAGAGAACCAAAGAGAGACUACAUUAGCGUGGAAUGAGAAAGAACUGUCUCCAUUCUUACCCACUGUAUAGUUCAUCCAACUGCAAGGAGAUUUUCUGUUCCAUCACUGACAUUCAUCCAUUAAUGCACUGCUUAACUUCUUUGGACCUACAUAAGGAAGAAAGAAAGUAAAUGUGAACAUUGAUACACUGCAUUCUGAAGCCAUGAAUUAAAUAUUUUUAGAAAUGAUUUUCAGCUUUUACAAAAUAUGAAUCUAAUACCUACUUUGUGCCACAGGAGGGCAGUCUAGCUUUGUUCCUGUACAAAUCUAAGAUGACUGGGCUCAGUGGUUUGUAAUCAUUCUUCUCAUGCUACUGAAAUUGUUACAUUUUUCUGAUUGUAUUUCUGUGUAGUGCACUGUAGAUAUGAACUGUAUCUCCUCUCUGCACUUUAAGGCAUGUUAUAUUUCUAAUGUUUCUGGUUGAUUUGUUACCAAAUGUUUCAUGGUGUUCCAACUACAGGACAGAUGUAUGUACUGUGACCUGAGCCAAAAGGAAAAACAAUGUAACUUUUUUUCUACACUGUCUUAUGUCUGUUUUAUUUAAAUUCCCUUUUUUUAUUUCUCUUGACAAAUAUUUUUGAGUUUAAUGUGUCUCUGGAUUGGAAAGUGAAUUAUCCGUUGCUAAAAUUUAAAAGCAUAUGGACUAAAUCAGUUGUAAGACAUGCUGUAUCUUUCUAAACCCACUACAUUAUCAAAGGUUAUAAUUUAUUGCACUACUUUUCAUCACUUUCCAUAAAAUCUAAAUUUUGCAGGGCCAUAAUGGGCAUAUAAAAUACAACUGUUGUAAAUUAAGCUAAGACAGCAAACAGCAUAACAACACACAAUAAAAAAUAUUGUAGUUUGUGUAUUAAAUGCUUUAAAUUUAUGCAUUAGCGUCCUUGGGUUAAUUUAGUAUUAUAAUAUAGAGAUGUACAAAAACCAUCAAAUCAAAAGAGUAUUUUUUCAGUCAGUGUUUAAACUGAGUAGGCUUGAUUUCAAAUGCAGGAAAUAAUUUGCAGUGUUAACUCUUCAGUGUUUCUUUAAGCAAAGUUAAGCUCUGUGUUGCUUUAAAUCAGUUGCUGGCAACUGUUGGCCCAGG